AUGGACUUUCAGAAUAGAGCAGGCUCGAAGAAAGGUGGGGGUGGUAUUGCUUCUGAUUCGCAAAUAAACCAACAGCGGAGAAGACAAGUUGAAGAAUUAUUGCAACAAGGUGAAAACAUCAAGUAUACAUUCCAGGACAAGGAGGGAGAAAAGGAUGAUACAGACACUAAGAAAGUUCAGUCUAACCCAUAUAUUUACAAAAACCAUUCAGGUAAGCUGGUAUGUAAGCUGUGCAAUACCAUGCAUAUGUCGUGGUCCAGUGUAGAGAGACACUUGGGAGGUAAAAAGCAUGGGAUGAAUGUAAUCAGAAGAGGCGAACUAGAUGAGAUACGGCAUGAAAAGCAACAGGCAACGAAACCUGUUGAUACGUUUGAGAUGAAAGUCGAGGCCAGGAGGAAAACAAUCAACACUAUAGAAGGUCUGGUACCCACUUGCCAUUCUACCGAAGUCAUCGAUGAGAAAGGCAACAAAGGAAUAGCUGUGAUGUUGGAGUUUGAAGAGAGCGAUAAGACUGCUGAUGUAUUGAAUGCGGAUCGUCCAUAUGCUAGGAUUGUUUCAGGUCUAGAGUUGAACACCUCUGCCCAAAAGGACAAAAGAUUUUUGGUAGUGGCUUAUGAACCAUACCAAAAUGUGGCAAUUGAAAUACCAAAUGACCGAGAGAUAGUAAUGAAUGGUUACCAGCCUCAAAGCGAUGAAGAAAUAUUUGUAGACACGCUGAACAGACAGUGUACCUUUUGGAUUGAGAAUCAACGCCAAUUUAUUGUGCAGAUAUUUUUUAAAGAAACCAGUUGA